CAGUCAGUCAUCUCCACGCAACACCACGCACACAACGACCAACCAAACCACACACACACACACACACACACACACACACACACACACACACACACCAAGACCGACCACGCAGGAUGCGCGCGCUUGCGUCUCGGACGAUGAUGAUGGUGGUGAUGGCUGUCGCCUUUGUUGCGGCACCCACCCGCGCGCUUCCAAUCCACGCGUCUGAGCUGGGAAAGGCCAACCCUAUCAGCAGCAGCAACACCGACAGCACAGAAAGCAACAAUGCGGCGCGCGGAGAUAUUGGCAUCACAUACGACAGUCCUCAAGUUGAGCAGAAGCGGGAAUGGGAGGAGAUCGGAGAGGAGGCUCCGAACGACAAAGGGAACAGCGCGUUUGACUCGGAGCGUCGCCACGUGGCGAAUCAGGCCGGCUACCUCUCGGGCCGGCCAAGCGUCGACUCCGCGCGCACGCAUGUGCCGCGCUCUAUUGCCAUCCCGCUGAACGAUGAGGACGGCGAGCGCGUGACGUCGCUCGGCUUCUCCGUGUCUGGAGGCCAGGAAUACAGUAACAAGCCCUUGAAGAUUGUGCAGGUGCUUCCAUCCUCACCCGCAGCAAGGGCCGGGCUCCACCUCGACGACAUCAUCCUGGCGAUCCAGGACCAGGACGUGAGGCACGCCACGCAGGAAGAGGGCAUGCAACGCAUUCAGGCCCUCUUGGACGACGAAAACGUCUAUGCCCUUAAUCUCCUCGUUCAGGCCGAGCAGCCGCGCCAACCGGCGCCUGAGGAUGGUUUCACGGACAGCGACGGCAACUCGCUAGUGGACAUUGAGUUGGACCUCUCUGUGAACCACCACGUUGGCUUGUCUCUCGGCGAAAUGUCGCAAGGCGGCAAAACAUUCGUGCAGGUGAAUGGCGUUGAGGACGACUCACCAGCGGCACUUGCUGGCGUAUUGCCUGGCGAUAAGGUGCUUCGCGUGGAGGACAGUGUCGUGUCAACGCUGGAAGAGCUGCGCGCUGCAUUCUUCACCCUCGACCGCAGCCAACCCGUCCACAUGCAGGUGUUGCGCCAGCGGCCAGACGCGCAGCCCACAGACCCUAACAGUACCAACGGUCGCAGCAACGAAGAUGCCAUCAUCAGUGACGGUGCUGAUGGGGGUGAUGGUGAAGUUGGUGCCAGCGUUGCAGGGGCAGCAGCACAUGAGCGUGAAGGCGAAGAAGAAGCAGAAGAAGGAGCAGCUGACGGCUAUGAAGGCGCCCAGGGAAGUGAUGAAGGUGCAGUGGCGUGGGAAGAUGGCACAGUGGACCUCGGUGCCAACACCCGCAGCGGCGGGCGCGAAGCAGGCGAAAACGGCGAUGCUGGCACGACGCAAUCUAACACAGAUACGGAGCCCGCAGCAGGCUCCUCCUCCUCCUCCUCAUCAUCAUCGUCAUCAUCAUCGUCAUCAUCAUCGUCAUCGCAGGGUGGGGACGAUGACGGCGCGGGUGAUCCGGCUGCGCUGCACGAGCUGCAGUCUGAGGAGGACCGGCUGGAGGCAGAGUACCUGCAGCAGCACCACGCAGGCACCACGGGCAGCGAUGGUGGUGAUGGUGGUGAUGGUGGUGUGGCACGGGAGGGAGUGCGGGAUGAUGGACGGGAGGGUGGUGACAAGACGGGGCUGGCAACGAGCUGGGGCGACGACGACGACGCCGUGCUCAUGGAGCAGAAGGAGGAGGAGGAAGAGUGGGAGCAGGAGCAGCGGGCAGAGGAGCAGGAGGAGGAAGGGGUACAGGGGAUUGCGCAACAGCGCAGUGGUGCUGUUGAUGGCGGGGAAGGAGACUCGGCCGUCGACACGGGCGUGUAUGGCGACGGAGAGAGCCAGCAAGCGGCCGAAACGGGGCAGUAUGGCGAGCAAAUUGACGGUGAGACGAAUGGACAAGGCUUUGAGGGCGAAGACAUCCUCGUGACAGGCACGGACGCGACACAGCAGGAAGGCCGCGACCAGCAGGGACAGCACAACGCUGCCACAAGCUGGGGCGAUGACGAUGUUGCUGGUGAUGGUGAUGGUGGUGAUGGUGGUGAUGGUGGUGAUGGUGACCACGUGAGGCAACAACAACAACACCAGCAGCAGCAGGAGGAGGAAGGCGAGGAAGGCAAGGAAGGCAGCCUGCUUGAUCAGCAGGAGCAGCAGCGCGAGCAGGUCAGCUGGAAGCAGAACGAACCGCAGCAGCAAACAGAGAGCCGUCGCCCGCACUCGCCUGGCGAUGGCGGUGACAGGGGCGAAGAUGCACCAGCCACGACCACCUCCACGUCGGCGUCACCGGGAACAGAGACACCCGAGGACCAAGAAGUCGAAGAAGACGAGGAAGAAGAGGUCUCGUCCUCAUCCACCACCACAGGGGCGAACGGCGUGCACCAAGGGCGCACGUACGAGCAGCGCAACGAAGGUGAUGCUGGCUUUGAACGGCAAGAGCAAGAGCAACAGCAACAGCAACAGCAGCCGCACGGUGAAACUCGCAGCACAACGGCAACGAAGGCGGUGGAUGGUGGCACCACCAGCACCACAACAAGCGCAUCGUCCACGCCAACGCCACCCACCACCUCGGAUGUGAUGCGGGACGAAGAAGCAAAGCAUGGCAAGGGCCACACGAAUGCAAUUGCUGCUGGUGACGACCACGCCGACGAUGAUGAUGAUGUCGCUGCUGCGGCCGAUGAUGAUGAUGAUGAUGAUAUCACGCGUGGUGACGGUCUACCACCACGGCAGGAACACCAACAGCAGCAACAGGAGCAACAGGAGCAACAGGAGCAGCAGGCGGGGAACGAGGGCGACUCGUGGUUCACGGCCAACGACCAGGAGGAGUACGACGCCGUUGCGCAACACCAAUACGAGGAGGAGGCGCGACACGACACCAACGCCAACAGCAACAGCAAUACCAACAACGGCUUGAAUGCGGACCCAGGUGCAGAGGAGACAGCGUCGACGGAGCCGUCGUCGUGGUUCAGGGACGAGGAGAGCCAGCUUGACGGGCAGCGGGCGGAGCUGAGGGAGAAGGUGACAGCGGUGCGCCACCACAUUGAUGAGGACUUGGCCACGAUGAAGCGGAACGAGGACACCCUACGCACACACACGCGCCACAACACCGCCGGAAACACGGACACGGCGACAAUGAGGCAGCACGAAGAGCAGCUGCUGCAGCAGCAACAGCGGUCGCAGGGGGAUGGUGUUGGCAGCGAGGGGCAGGAGGGGGAUGGACUGACGUAUAUGUCUGAGUCUGAGCAGUGGGAGAAGAAGCAUGAGCAGGAGCACGUGUUGGAGGAGACGGACUACGAGGAGGCUGCAGAGGCCUCGAGCUUCCCCGUGUUUGGGGUGAUGCUGGUGGUGAUUAGUGUGGUGUUGGCGCUUGUGUUCCAGCGCAAGAUCAAGAGCUUGGUGCUUGGUGGCGGUGCGCACCAGCACGGCCGCCGCCAUCGCACCUACUCCCGACGCAGGUAGCAUGCACACACGGUCACAACUGGUGAUGAUUGGGGGGGGGGGGGAAGCGGUAGCAUUUGAUGUGGCAGUGACGACGUGGUGAAGGUGAUAGGGUUAUGGUGGUGUGGGGAUGAAGUUGCAAUCUCGUGUUGUGUGCUGUGCUGUUUGCAGUGGCCUGCGCGUGGUUGUAAGCAGUGGCAGGUGUGUAUUGUUCUUCCCCGUUCCUGUUCUUGGUCUUGUAUUUGGCGGUUGCACCUCUUAGAAUUUCAAGCAACUGAUAAUUGUAGCAGGCAAUUGAAGCGGGGACAGGGCACCAUCGUGCUGGUGGUGGUCGUGGUAAUGGUG